AUGUAUUUCACCCCACCCGCCAUCGAGAUCCCCUCAUCCUACGAGUCCCUCGCAACCCAACACAUCAAAGUCUCGCAUUACCCCGUGGGCUCUGCAACCGCAACCCCCAUCGUAAUCGUGACGCUGAACAGGCCGGAGAAGCGCAAUGCCUUCACGAUGGCCAUGUCCGAGGACCUAGAGAAGGUCUUCGGCUUAUUUGACCGCGACGAACGUGUCAGGGUUGUGGUUCUAACGGGCGCCGGGAAGGCCUUCUGCGCUGGGGCGGAUCUGGAAAUUGGGUUUAAGGCGCUCGAGCCGAGGUCGAGGGAACAUCGAGAUAGUGGCGGCCGUGUAGCUCUCGCAAUCCACAGAUGCCGCAAGCCCACUAUCGCCGCUAUGCAAGGCUCAGCAGUCGGAGUUGGGAUGACGAUGGUUCUGCCUGCUGCGAUUAGGAUUGCCCACGAAACAAGCAAAUACGGCUUCGUCUUCGCACGACGCGGCAUAACGAUGGAGUCUUGCUCGUCGUACUUCCUCCCCCGACUAAUCGGGCACUCGCGCGCCAACUACCUCGUCUCCACAGGCGCUGUGUUUCCAUCCACAUCACCGCAUUUCGGAGGUCUCUUCGCCGAGACGAUGCCUGAGCAAAGCCAGGUUCUCCCGCGUGCAUUAGCUCUAGCGUCUGAGAUUGCGGAGAAUGUGAGUCCGCAGGCGGCGGCGCUAAACCGUGAGCUUAUGUGGCGUGGGCCGGAGAGUGCGGAGGAGGCGCAUUUGCUGGAGAGUGAGGUUAUUUAUCAUCGGUUUACGUCGCCGGACCAGAAGGAGGGCGUCACGGCGUUCUUUGAGAAGAGGAAGCCUAAUUUUGUGGGGGAUGUGGAUAAGAGUCUGCCGGCGAGCUACCCUUGGUGGGCGGAUGUGAACAUUGAUCCUCCGAGUGGGGUCAAGAAGUCGAAAUUGUAG